AUGGAUGAAUUACGUGGACCUACGAUCCAAGUAGUCCUUAAUAUUAAGGAAGGUCUUGGUUUUGGUUUUCUCAAGAAUCCAUUUAUAGUUAGUGGUUCUUUAAAUGGUUAUAUGUUAGAGACAGAUCCAGUGGUACCUACACAUGCACCAGUAUUUGACGCUGAACUUGUUUGGGAAGCGGAUAAAAGACGAUUUAGAAGCCUACGAGUUCAAAAUGUACCAGUAAAAAUAGAAGCUUAUACAACUGGAACCCAGGGACGAAAAGACAAGAUAGGUUAUUUAUUAUUAAGCUUACUUGGAGCUCAACCUUGUCCGUCCAAUAAAAUAGUUGAUAUAAAGCAAUCAUGGCACAAAUUACUUGGAGUAAAAUCAGAGGGCAAAUGUUGUCAUCCACAAAUUCUCUUAAGCCUUUCUAUAGAAGAUAGAGUCAGUACACCAACGCCUAGAAAUGAAUUAAGAAUAUUCCACAGCAAUGAAGUGGCACUCCCAUCAACUCGUUCUAAUAAAACUGUACCUUCAUCUACAAAUAGUAGACAAAUGCUACUGACACUAAAUGACUAUAUAUCAGAAAGUAAGAAGAUAGUAUCUUCACCAGAUCUCCAACCAAAGCUAAUAUGUGAUGAAGGUCUUAUACAGAUUGGUGAUGGAAACCACUUGUUUGUGCUGGCUUUAGUUAUAGGGGCUGUGGAAAAUUUAGACUUGUUACUACCACCAGAUGGAAAUGAGGAAGCAAAUUGCUGUGUGACAUAUACUGUGUUUACUCACACUAUUAUGACUGACAGAGUGAACAUAACAGCGGGCAGCACGCACAUGAACCAGCGCACGUCGCUGCGCCUGCGCACGAGUCUGCGCGAGCUGGCGCGCUACUUCGCGGAGUGCCCGCGUCUCGUGGCCACGCUGCGUGUGGGGGACAGUGACGCCGGUGUAUGCAGCCUUGAUCUCUGUAAACUCAUCCCAACAGAUGAUAUAAACCAUUUUGUAAAUAAUUUCUGCAAUAAUGAUAAAGCACUAACAAUACAUGAGCGGUGUUACAUGUUGCCGUUCCACAAUAGGGCCACUGAUAACAGAAGAUGUUAUAUGGAUGUUGAGUUGAGUUUGAAAUAUAUUGGUAUUAAAAGUAAUGUCCAGAGACCAGUAAUUUUGACAGCUAGAAGUGCAACUCAACUGGAAAGUGAUAGGAAAGAUGAAGUUAUAGACAACGAAAGAUUGGAUUUUAAGAGCGGUAGUUGCACUAACUUAGACCGAGAUAUAGGCGGUGUGGCGUACACUAGCAUUGCACCGGGCAAUACAAAUAGAUACAUAAAUGCAUCUGGUGACGCACUCCUCCAAACCAACGAAUUAGCACAACUCAUAAGAAGAAUGUUUGAUUCUUUCACAUUGAGUCAAGAGAAAUUACUCGCUAAACAACGCACAAGCGACGCUCAGAUACAAUGUGAACAUGUUAAUAAAGAAAAUGUUGAUGAUGCUUGUGAACCAGUUGUUGAAAGAGGACCAGACAGGUUGGAAAGUAGCAAAAGUGACACGGGAAUACUAAAUAAUAAAGAUGAUGAGAAAAAAUCAAUAUCAGCAGCCGAGCGUAAUGUUAUUAUGCAGAAAUAUGUAGAAGAACUGGAAGACUGGAAAGAGAGACAGCAGGAAUUGUUUAAGUUACAGCUAAAACGCAAAGAAGAGUAUCAUCUGGAUCUUUUAGCCGACGAAUGGUUUAAGCGGCGGAACGAAUUGGAAAGCAAAUUGAACAAGGGUAUAGAGCAGUGUCGCACUCUGGCGGCGGACUUGAGCAGAGCUACUGAUGACUUCAGACUUAGGGGAUAUAGGAAUACUGAAAGGGAAAAAAAGCUAUUGGAAGCAAAGAAAGCUUUAGAAACUCACUACACAGCAAAAUACCAAGAGCUAAGAGAAGCGUCACAGAAAAUGGAAGAUGAUAUGAACCACCGUUUGAAAAUGAAGGACAUGACCAUUGAGGAAUUGCAACAGAAAAUAUUGUUAUUGGAAAAACAGAAUGAUGUACUUAAGAAUAACAUGAAAAACUUUGAGAAAGACGCUGAAAACAAAUACUCGGGUCUCACUAAAGAUCAGACGGCCAGCCUUAUACAGGAAUUGCGCAGCCUAGAAGAAAAGCUCGACAGCGCGACGCAGUCCAAGGCGUUCUUCAAGGAGCAGUGGGCACGCGCCGUGCGCGAGCUGCACCGCGCGCGGCGUGCGGCGCGCGCCGGCGCCCUCGCGCGACUGCGCCGCCAGCGCACGCAGCUCGAGAAUUUUGAUCCAAUAGAAGACGAAGAAGAGAGUAAUAACGAAAAUCACGUAGAUAUAAACAAGCUAAAAGAUGAUUUUUAUGUAGACAUCCUAACAAAGACUCCACCAGUCCUCGAUACACAUUCAAUAAUAAGUCCUGAAGAAAUGGAUUUAUACAAUGAUUUAGUGAAUAUGAAGAAUCCGUCCAACGAUAAACUAACAGAGUUGAUAUCACAGAGGGACAAUUUGAUUCAACAGGAGAGCCCGGAUGAGGAUACGAUUAAACAACUCAACCAGGAAAUCAGAAAUAUGCUAAUCAAUUGUGGCUCU